AUGUCUGACGUCUAUACCGAUAAUAUGACCCGCAAUGAUAGCGAGGUCCAAAGUAAUAUUGGAUAUCUACUCCAUCCUGCUGUUGUCGCCAGCCUGCCUCCAAAGCCACGAAUUGCAGAUAUAGGGACCGGGACCGGCAAGUUCCUAUUACUUCUCCGAGAACAAUAUCCCGAUGCCAUCCUCGAUGGUUACGACAUAUCCCCAAAGCUCUACCCUCAAGAGAACACGCUCCUACCAAAUGUAUCUCUUGGUGUACUAGAUAUUAAACAGCCUGCUCCAAAGGAACUUCACGGAAAAUACGACGUGGGGUCGCGCAGGAGCAAAUAG